GGCUCUGGUGGGAAGGGCUAAAUAUGAGGGCGGAGCUCGGAGUUCCAUUAUCACAGCAUCGAAGCUAGGGGUGGGGUGGAGGUUUGAGAAGGGCAAUCCAGCAACCCCCUGACCUCCGCGUCGCCGCCGGGGAUGACGCGGGAACGCGCAGCCACCCUCAGAAGGCUCCGGACAAUUGAACAGGCCUCCACGUAGACCCUGGGGGUCGCUGGCUCCUGCCGCACGCCUUCACCCAGGCCGGGAGCCUGGCGCACGCUCUCCCUCCCGCCUCCCCAUCGCCUCUGCCACCGCCCCCUCCUUGGAAACCAAGUUACCAACGUUAAACCAAUCCCAGAGCGCAACUCUGCCUCCUCCACACCCCACCCGCCGCGCCGCGCCGCGCGGUCCUCGAGCCCAGCUCGGCACUCGCGCUCCCCUUGCUUCCUGAGCUUUCCCCGCGGCGGCGAUGCCAGGGCCCUCGCCAGGGCUGCGCCGGGCGCUGCUCGGCCUCUGGGCUUCCCUGGGCCUGGGGGUCUUCCACCUCUCAGCGGUCGCGCAGGAGCCCUUCUGGGCGGACCUACAGCCCCGCGUGGCCCUCGUGGAACGUGGGGGAUCGCUGUGGCUGAAUUGCAGCACCAACUGCCCACGGCCUGAGCGCGGUGGCCUGGAGACCUCGCUGCGCCGGAAUGGGACCCAGAGAGGUUUGCGCUGGCUGGCGCGGCAGCUGAUAGACAUUCGCGAGCCGGAGACCCAGCCGGUCUGCUUCUUCCGCUGCGCGCGGCGCACACUGCAGGCGCGUGGGCUCAUUCGCACUUUUCAGCGGCCAGAUCGUGUGGAGCUAGUUCCGCUGCCUGCCUGGCAGCCUGUAGGAGAGAACUUCACCCUGAGCUGUAGGGUCCCCGGCGCUGGGCCUCGUGGGAGUCUCACAUUGACCCUCCUGCGCGGCUCCCAGGAGCUGAUCCGCCACAGCUUCGCCGGGGAGCCACCCCGAGCACGGGGCGCGGUGCUCACGGCCACUGUACUGGCGCGGAGGGAGGACCAUGGGGCUAAUUUCUCAUGCCGCGCGGAGCUGGACCUGCGGCCCCAGGGCCUGGGUCUGUUUGAAAAUAGCUCGGCCUCCAGAGAGCUCCGAACUUUCGCACUGUCUCCGGACCCACCGCGCCUCGCUGCCCCCCGGCUCUUGGAAGUGGGCUCGGAAAGACUCGUGAGCUGCACCUUGGACGGGCUUUUUCCAGCCUCGGAGGCCGGUGUCUACCUGGCGCUGGGGGACCAGAGGCUGAGUCCUGAUAUCACCCUCGAGGGGGACGAGCUCAUGGCCACUGCCACAGCCACACCUAGCUCAGAGCAGGAGGGCUCCAGGCAGCUGGUCUGCAUUGUGACCCUGGGGGCCGAGAGCCGCGAGACCCGGGAGAACGUGACUGUCUACAGCUUCCCCGCGCCCCUCCUGACCUUAAGUGAGCCCAGCGCCCCCGAGGGGAAGAUGGUGACAGUAACCUGCACUGCCGGGGCCGGAGCCCUGGUCACACUGGAUGGAGUUCCAGCUGCGGUCCCGGGGCAGCCCUCUCAGCUCCAGCUAAAUGCCACCGAGCACGACGACAGACGCAGCUUCUUCUGCGACGCCACCCUCGAGGUGGACGGAGAGACCCUGAAUAAGAACGAGAGCGCCGAACUGCGUGUCUUAUAUGCCCCCCGGCUGGAAGAUUCGGAUUGUCCCAGGAGCUGGACAUGGCCCGAGGGUCCAGAGCAGAUACUGCGUUGUGAGGCCCGCGGAAACCCAGAGCCCUCCGUGCACUGCGCCCGGCCUGACGGCGGGGCCGUGUUGGCGCUGGGCCUGCUGGGUCCGAUCACUCGCGCACUGGCCGGCACUUACCGCUGCACUGCGACCAACAUCCAGGGCGAGGCAGUCAAGGAUGUGACACUGACAGUGGAGUAUGCACCAGCACUGGACAGCGUGGGCUGCCCAGAACGCAUUACAUGGCUGGAAGGAACCGAGGCCUCACUGAGCUGCGUGGCACAUGGGGUCCCACCACCCAACGUGAGCUGCGUGCGCUCUGGGGAGGCAAAGGUCAUUGAGGGCCUGCUCCGCGUGGCCCGGGAGCACGCAGGCACCUACCGCUGUGAAGCCACCAAUGCUCGAGGCUCUGUGGCCAAAAAUGUGGCCAUCACAGUGGAAUAUGGCCCCAGUUUUGAGGAGCUAAGCUGCCCCAGCAAUUGGACAUGGGUGGAAGGAUCUGGACGGUUAUUUUCUUGUGAGGUUGAUGGGAAGCCACAGCCAAGAGUGGAGUGUGUCGGCUCUAGAAAUACCAGUGAAGGGGUACUGCUGCCACUGGCACCCCCAGACCCUAGUCCCAGAGCCCCCAGUAUUCCCAGUGAACCGACACCUGGUAUCUACACCUGCAACGCCACCAACCGGCACGGUUCCAUGGUCAAGACAGUGGCCGUGAGCGUGGAGUCGCCUCCGCAAAUGGAUGAGUCCACCUGCCCAAGUCACCAGACGUGGCUGGAAGGGGCCGAGGCUGCUGCGCUGGCCUGCACUGCCCGAGGUCACCCCUCCCCACAAGUGCGCUGUUCCAGGGAGGGCACACCCCAGCCUCAGCGGUUGCGUGUGUCCCGACAGGAUGCAGGCGACUACCGCUGCUUGGCCACCAAUGCGCAUGGCACAGAUUCCCGGACUGUCACUGUGGGUGUGGAAUACCAGCCGGUGGUAGCCGAACUGGCCGCCUCCCCUUCCGGUGGCGUGCGGCCAGGAGGGAACUUCACGUUGACCUGCCGCGCAGAGGCCUGGCCUCCGGCCCAGAUCAGCUGGCGCGCGCCCCCUGGGGCGCUCAACAUCGGCCUGUCUAGCAACAACAGCACGCUGAGCGUUGCAGGCGCCCUGGGUAGCCACGGCGGCGAGUACGAGUGCGCAGCCACCAACGCGCAUGGGCGCCACUCGCGGCGUAUCAUCGUGCGUGUGGCUGGUCCGUGGCUGUGGGUCGCCGUGGGCGGUGCGGCGGGGGGUGCGGCGCUGCUAGCCGCAGGGGCCGGCCUGGCCUUCUACGUACAGUCCACCGCCUGCAAGAAGGGCGAGUAUAACGUGCAGGAGGCCGAGAGCUCCGGCGAGGCCGUGUGUCUCAACGGCACGGGCGGCGGCGGCUCAGGCGGGGGCGCGGGCGCCGAAGGUGGAACAGAAUCUGUGGGAACCAUGGAGGCACCAGCGGGGGGCGAGGUCUUCGCCAUACAGCUGACGUCAGCAUGAGCCCGCUCCCCUCUCCCCGCGGGCCGGGGGACGCCCCCCAGACGCACACGGGGGCUUACUGUUUAUUCACUUAUUUAUGUAUUCAGUUCCAGGGCGUCACCCCCAUUUUCUACCCUCCCCCAAUAAAGUUUUUAUAAAGGA